AUGGAACACGCGCGACCACCGUCGGAACUACGUCUGGAGGGCAGCUCCGUCAGCCGGGCUGACGCGUGGAAGAAAUGGAAAAUACAAUUUAAUUUGUUUUUGAAAGCAUCGGGGGUGCAUAAAGAGGAGGAAUGUGUGCAGGCGAGCCUAUUAAUAAAUUUGGUUGGACCCGAAGGUUUCGAUGUUUACGAAACUUUUACUUUUAAAAGCGAAAAAGAAAAAGACGACGUCGCCAUUUUGCUGAAAAAAUUUGAUGAGUAUUUUGGAGUGAAACAGAAUAUAACUUUGGCAAGGUAUAAUUUUUUUAUGCGAAACCAAGAGAUCGGCGAGUCGAUAAAUCAAUAUGUGACAGCAUUGAAAUUGUUGAGUAAAAAUUGUGACUUCAAAAUAUUAGAAGAGGAGCUCAUUCGCGAUCGCAUAGUUUGCGGCAUAAAAAACACGACGGUACGUGAUCGUCUAUUGAGAACCGAGGACUUGACAUUAGAGAGAACAAUAAACAUAUGCCAAGUGGAUGAAAUAUCGAAUGACAGCAGUCGCCUGUUGGAGUCUCGCGGCGGCGCACAGUGGGAACUUUGA